AUGAGCCCUUCCCGGGAGGGCGUGCUGCCGCCCCAGGCGGGAGUUGCCGAGAUGCUAGGGACCGCCGACGCCAAGGCGGUCAUCCUAGCAGACAUCCCGGGCGCGUCAAAGGCCGCCGCGCCGCCGAAGGAGGAGCACUGCCACAGCCACGGCCACUCGCACUCCGACGGCGACUCGGGGACGAAGCGGGCAGACGGCAAGCUUCCCAUCACCGUUCUCACCGGCUUCCUCGGCGCGGGCAAGACCACCCUCCUCAACCACCUGCUGCAGACGCAGCGCGAGCUCAAGGUUGCCGUCAUCGAGAACGAGUUUGGCGAGGUGCCGAUCGACAACGAGCUGCUCGCGCAAAACAAGCUGGCGGCCGCCGAGCAGGUGGUGGUGAUGGACAACGGCUGCAUGUGCUGCUCGGUCCGCGGGGACAUCCUCGGCGCCUUCACCUCCAUCAUCGACGCGGUCGACUCUGGCAACGGCCUCGACGCAGUCAUCAUCGAGACGACGGGGAUGGCCGACCCGGUUCCUAUCGUGCGCACGCUGCUCCAGACGCCGGUCAUCGCCAGCCGCUUCGCGCUCGCGGGCGUG